GGCAAUUUCAUUUACCAGCUAAAAGGCAGAAGAGGAACAAUUCUUGUAAUGGCACGAGAGCUUAAAAGUUGGUCCUUUUGGCGGGCAGUAUUGGCCGAGUUUGUUGGGAUGACCAUUUUUAUUUUUAUUGGUAUAGCCUCUGCCAUUGGAAACAGGCAUAACAGAUAUCCUGACCAAGAGGUUAAAGUAGCUUUAGCUUUCGGUCUGGCGAUUGCCACACUGGCUCAGAGUUUGGGGCAUAUCAGUGGAGCCCACUUGAACCCAGCUAUUACUUUAGGACUUUUGGUUAGCUGUCAGAUCAGUUUCUUCAGGGCCUUCAUGUAUGUCAUUGCCCAGUUGUUGGGAGCUGUGGUGGCAAGUGGCAUUAUGUUCAAAGUUAGCCCUGACCCUGAAACAACACUGGGGCUCAAUAUGCUGAGUAAAGGUGUGUCACAGGGACAGGGAUUUGCCAUUGAGCUCUUCGCAACCUUUCAGCUGGUCCUCUGUGUCCUUGCCACAACAGACAAACACCGGACUGAUGUCACAGGCUCUGCACCCCUAGCCAUCGGACUAUCAGUUGGUUUAGGGCACCUGGUAGCAAUCAGUUACACCGGCUGUGGCAUCAACCCUGCUCGGUCUUUUGGACCAGCCGUUAUUCUUGAAUCCUUUAAAAACCACUGGAUAUACUGGAUUGCACCCAUGUUGGGCGGGGUGGCUGCUGCUCUUGUGUAUGACUUCUUGCUCUACCCAAAGAAGGAAGCGUUUGGCAAGCGUCUGAGGGUUCUGAAGGGCACGGCGGAUCCGGACGCCUUGGCGACAGAACCCCUAAUCGAACCCCGAACCCCCAGAUCUGGGUCUGGUCAGUGGCCUAGGCCCUGAAACGUGUCUUUAACCUUCAUUAAAUGUCUACAUACAUUACCAGAAUACAACAUCAUUUCUUUUGUUGUUGUCCAAAUGAUCAUUUUGUCGGCUUCUUUUAGUAUCUUACUCUCUGUAGCAGCAUCAUUUGCAACAUUACUUCCAACACUUAAGGAAGUGUUCUGCCGUCUUCUGUCUAUAACAUCUCAGGAAUUACCUGUAACAGCAUUCAGCACGCUUACAGUUUUAUUCUUGGGGAAGCAGAUUAUUUUUGCUUUACGGGCUGGCAGUUGAUUGAAUAAAUUAAUCUUGAUUUCAGCAUUAACGUUACGUAUCUUGACUUUUGAGUUUGCCGUAAUUUUCCUAUCUAUAUUUAUUUUCUUAUUAAUUCAGUAAUCAGUAUCAAUUGGUAACUACACUGUAAACAUACAGUUGUGGUCAUAAGUUUACAUAAACCUUGCAGAAUGUUAGAAUAAUAAUUUGAACAAAAUAAGAGGGAUUGUGAAAAUGGCUUUUUUCUAUUUAUUUAGUAGUUCCACAAUUAAGCUAUUUCACAUAAUAGUUUACAUAUAGUCACAAGACAAAAUAGUAAAUAAAUGUACAAAAUUUUCAUAAGUUUACAUAUACUUGAUUCCUAAUACUGCAUGUGUCUCUUUACCUGGAUGAUCCAUGGCUGCUUUUUUGAGGAUCUUCUUUGGUUUUCCAGCAUCUUCUGCAUAUUUGACCCCUUUCCAACAUUAGACAAAAUAAGUACAAAUUACUCUGAUCAUCCUGUUGUUACCCCUCUUUUUUAGUUAAAAUUAUUAACAUUUUGCGGAUUAUUAUGACCACAGCUGUAUAAAAAGGUCAUGUCAUUUAUAUCUUCUGUUCUUCUCUCUCUUAAAUGCAUAAUGGGUUCAUGAAGUCUCUCUCCUCUCUCAGACAUUGCAGCAUUGUUCGAUUGUGGUUGUUGAAGACCUCCAUGUAAACCAUAAUAUUCAGAAUAUCUCUUCUAUGUUAUGUCUGGACUGUGAACAGUUUGAUUUUAAGUUGGCAUUUUACAAAUUAGACAAGAAUCACAUGCCAAAUUGAAAGUACAGAAAUUUCUGUGGCACAAGUUUCACCAACAUUAUCCGCCAUCAUUGUUUGAAUAGGUUUUGGUUUGACAAUGCUGCUUUAAUAACAAACACAGCAAAGCUUCGAAGACGUUAAAAAGCCAGUUUCAACACACUUCAAAAGUCUCGCCUUAUAAAUGCUUAACUCCAGCUGUCUCUUGAUAUUACGC